CGGAAUGUAAUCAAGGGCCCACCUUCAGAUUCAUGAAUCUCCUCCCAUCUCUCUCUUCCCAGUAAAGAAGUAAUACUUUCUUCUGCAACUCUACUACCUUCCUUCCGGUUGUCUCUCUUUCACACUCUUCACCUUCUUCAAUUUUCCGAUUAACGACAAUACUCUAACCAAUAAUUAAUCUUCCCUCUUUGUUUUUUUCCUAUUAAGGUUCCGGUAACUUUCACUGAACUCAACCUCGCUGCUUUUUAGCUCGCCGCUCCACUCUCUUCAAUUUGCCGAUUUCAUUCCACCGAAUCGAUUUUUUCUUCGUUACCGUAACGUGUGGAAAAGGAAUGGCUGGAAGAGUUGUCCCUGCUAAAACCACUGAAUCUUUUGAAUAUGAGCUUUUGGAAGGUGAGGAUGACGACAGCCUUAGGACUGUUGUAGCAACAUCUAAUGAGACCACUCCGUGGAUUGACCCUUCAACAUUGAAACUUAGACAUAGGAUUGGGAGAGGGCCCUUUGGCGAUGUUUGGAUAGCAACUCAUCAUAGAUCAACCAAAGAUUAUGAUGGGUGUCAUGAAGUGGCCGUAAAAGUUUUACAUCCAAUUAAUCAGGAUUACAUCAGGGCUUUUCUAGAUAAGUUUGAUGAUUUAUUUUCCAAGUGCAAAGGUGUAGAUGGUGUUUGUUCUCUGCAGGGAGUUUCAAUUAUAAGUGGAAAGGUAUGUAUCAUUAUGAAAUUAUAUGAUGGAUCAGUGGGUGAUAAAAUGGCUCGCCUCAAAGGGGGCAAGCUCUCAUUGCCUGAUGUUUUAAGGUAUGGGAUCAAUUUGGCUCUGGGGAUUAUGGACUUGCACUCAAAAGGGUUCCUGGUUCUUAAUCUUAAACCAUUCAACUUCCUUCUUACUGAAACUGACAAAGCAGUUCUUGGAGAUGUUGGUAUUCCUUUUCUACUCCAUGGAAUUCCAUUGUCCAGCUCAGAUAUUGCACACAAACUUGGAACUCCAAGCUACAUGGCUCCUGAACAAUUGCAACCAGAAGUGGGAGGUCCAAUAUCCUUUGAGACUGAUUCAUGGGGAUAUGCAUGCAGUAUUGUGGAGAUGCUCACUGGAAUCCAGCCUUGGCGUGGGAAAUCAGCUGAUGAAAUCUGCAAUCUGGUUGUUAGUAAGCAGGAAAAGCCAUUUAUUCCAAGUGGCCUUCCUUCUCAAUUGGAAAAUAUUCUCCUUGGUUGCUUUGAGUAUGACCUCAGAAUGCGUCCUUUAAUGACAGACAUAUUGGAUGGUUUAAAGAGCUUGCAAAAUGGGAUGCAUGAUGAUGGACGCUGGAUGAAUCUGGAGAACAAAACAGUCUUAGACAAAUCAAGUAGCAGAAAUGGUUACACAGAGUGGUUUCUAAUGAAGGAUCAAUUGCGAGUAGGUGAUACAGUGCAUUCAAGAAAGCCUCCUAACUCCUGCAAAGCUGAAAAUAUGCAUGUUCCAGAGGGAACAGUGGUUGGUUUGGAAUCCAAUACAGAUAAAAAUGGUGGUGGUUUCGUUUUGGUAAGGGUCCACGGCAUCCAUGAUCCAUUAAGAGUUCAUGUUUCAACGCUAGAGCGGGUGACUCUUGGAUUAGCUGCUGGGGAUUGGGUGCAUCUGAAGGAGGAAAACAAAAGGCACUCACCAGUUGGCAUCCUUCAUUCCAUAGAUCUUGAUGGAACUGUUGCUGUUGGAUUUAUAGGUCUGGAAACUUUAUGGAAAGGGAAUUCUUCAGAGCUUCAAAUGGCAGAAUCUUACUAUGUUGGUCAGUUUGUUAGACUGAAAUGUAAUAUUCUUAGCCCUCGCUUUGAAUGGCCUUGUAAAAAGGGUGGAGCUUGGGCUGCAGGGAGAAUUCACCAGAUACUACCAAAUGGGUGCCUUGUUGUCAAAUUCCCUGGCAGAUUGAUUUUCGGAGAGGAGUCCAUCAGGUUUUUGGCUGAUCCAGCCGAGGUGGAAAUGGUUACUUUUAGGAAUUCACCGGGGAUUGUGAAAAAGUAUCAACAUCUUGAGGAUUUUCACUGGACUGUGAGACCCCUUUUGGUUGCGUUUGGACUGUUCACAGCCAUGAAGCUGGGUAUUUUCAUUGGAAGGAAAGUGGGGAGGUCAAAACUGAAGAAGCGACAGGGCCACACAACUCAGAGUGAUCUGCAGUACAUGGACAACCAGUCUGCUGACAACACAGCUUGGCUUCCACCACAGAUGACAAAUCUUUUCAGGGAAGAUGCUGCUCGGUAGUUUCCAUGCUUCAAUUCCUUAACCUAGAAAGUGGAUCUAUUGAAGUUACAGGAGGAACUAGUACUGCUGCUAAAUGGUUGUCUAAUUUUAUUUCAAACGGAUAGCAGUUUCAAAGUUGAUGUACUUAAGCUACUCCACUGCACCCAAUCAUUUGUUGAUUGUAAGGUGUUCGAAUGAUGGGUGCUAACUGGCUGGUUUGGACCUGAAAAAAUUGUUUUAGCAUUUGGUUUCUGUAAAGGUUAUUCUACAGUUUCUGUAAAGGAUUUGCUUUUCAAGCUGAACUUUGGUAAUAAGAGUUCAGUGAAGGGAAGAAACGCCGAAAUAAUUUCACUCAUUAGGC